UUAGAGAGGGAAUGACAUCAAGACCAUAGCUUUUGGAAACUUUGUUUCCCAAAUUACCCGCACAAAAAUCCUAUUUUUCUAACAACCCUCUGAAAACCCACACUUUUCCUCCCUUCUCUCUUCUGUGUUCCGCUUAUUCUGGCGCCACCGACAGCUAUUACUCACUGAACCCACACCUACUCUCUUCCUCUUGCUCUCUCUCUCUCUCUCUCUCUCUCUCUCUUAUCUCUGCCUCAUUUCUUUAGAGGUUGGUCCAAUUCUUCAUCAAUUUCUCUUUCUCUUUCUCUUCCCCUCCAUUUCCAUGUGAAUUUGCAAACCUUGGUUCUCUUCAAUUUCAUGUUUUCAUGCUGUAAUCACUGAAAACAAAAGUUGGGUUCUUCGAUUUCUCAUUGUUUCAGAAGUGGGUUCUCAAGUUUGGGGAUUUUUUACAUUUCUAUAUUUGAUAAUGGUUAAUGCCUAAUCCUGAUCAGGAUUCAGGAAAGCAAUAUCAGUGCAAAGAUAAUCAGAUACUAAACUGCUUAGUGUGUGUUUGUGAGAGAGAAAGAUAAUAGCCAAAAGAGAUCAAGCAUGGAAAUGCCUGAAGCAUAUCCAAUGAAAGGUGGAGAUGGCCUCCACAGCUAUGCCAAGAACUCUUAUUUCCAUAAUAUAUCGAAUUUUGAAACUGGAAAGUGCCAAAGUUUGGUGUUUACUGCUAAAUUUUCUGUUUUUGCAGAGAGGAAUAAUAGAUGUUGCCAAACAAUUUUUGAACGAGGUAAUUGCAGAAAAGCUUGAUAUAGGAACCGUUGUUUCUUCAAAAGCAUUUUGCAUUGCAGAUUUGGGUUGCUCUGUUGGUCCAAAUACAUUUGCCGCAGUGGAAAACAUAAUUGAAGCUGUGAAGUCCAAGUACCAAAGCCAAGGCCUAAAUUCCAAAAUCCCGGAAUUUCAAGUCUUCUUCAAUGAUCAUGUCUCUAAUGAUUUCAACUUGCUGUUCACAUCCCUCCCUCAGGACAAAAAAUACUAUGCAUCAGGUGUGCCGGGCUCUUUCUAUGGUCGCAUAUUUCCUGAGGCUUCUCUUCACUUUGUCCAUUCUUCUUUUUCUGUGCAAUGGCUUUCUGGAGUACCAAAAGAGGUAAAGAACAAAAGCUCUCCUGCUUGGAACAAGGGACAGAUCCAUUACGCAAAUUCUGGAGACGAAGUAAUUCGAGCUUAUAAAGCUCAAUACGAAAAGGACAUGGAUCAAUUCCUGGAAGCCAGAGCACACGAGAUUGUGGUUGGUGGAUUGAUGGUACUCAUGUUUCUUUUCAAUCCUGAUGGAAUUCAUCCUUCUCAAUCUUCAGCAAAUAUGAUGUUGGACCUUAUAGGAUCUUCCCUCAUAGACCUCGUUAAAGAGGGAAAAGUUGACGAGGAGAAAGUGGAUUCCUUUAACGUGCCAAUGUACUUUAUGUCUCCAAAAGAAUUGGAAGCUGCUGUGGAAAGAAAUGGAUGUUUUAGCAUUGAGAGAAUGGAAAACAUACCUCUUCUGUUUCUAACCGGAAAUACUAGUCCUGUUGCCCAUAAAAUCGCAGCUCACAUGAGAGCUGGCAUGGAGGACAUGAUCAAGCAGCAAUUUGGAGAUGAUAUCGUCGACGAGCUCUUUGAUUUGUAUGCUAAGAAAGUUGAUAAGAUAUUUAUCCCCUGCGCGCUUAACUCAUCAAUUAAAGGAGGCAAUUUAUUUGUCAUGCUUAAACGCAAAGCAUGAUCUGUGUUAUGGGAUUAUUAAUUUGUUGUGCUUGAACUGAUCAAACAAGCACAAAUGGUAUUUAUAUAGUUUAUAUAACAAAUGGUAAUUAAUUUGUUUUGUAAGUUUUUAGUAGUUUUAGGGGAUUUUAUAUGAUAUUAAGGGGUUAUCUAUAAACAUCAAAUAGUUCAUGGGAAUUUUGUGUAAUUUAUCCUAUUUUCUAUCCAUAUAGAACAAAUGAUAUUUAUAUAGUUACAUCACAAAUCACAGAGAGAUAGCAACAAAGGAAAGUAAGGAUGGAAUUGUCUGAAGCAUUAGUCGGUGGCACUAUAUUAUCCUUUACCAUUCUUGUUAAUCAUGUACUGCGUAAAUUCAAUGGUUUAUAAUCAUAUGCAUAGUCAUGCAACAUUAUAUUUUGUAUA